GCAUGUGGAGAUGCAAAAUCCAAGCCAACAUUCCUUUCUGAUAAAAGUUUAGAAUCUGCAAUUAAACAUGUGGUUCGAAGAUUCCCUAGUGUCGAUACGCGUGGGAAUAGUAAUCAACUUAAUGCAGUUUUCACUAUUCGCCAAGAAAUAAUGAAGUCAUUAUCACUAUAUUAUUAUACAUUUGUGGAUCUUUUGGAUUUUAAGGACCAUGUAUGUGAGCUACUUACCACUAUGGAUGCUUGCCAGUUACAGCUUGACAUAACCACAAGCUUUGAUUUGACAAAGAACUACUUGGAUUUAAUUGUAACUUACAUGUCACUCAUGAUCCUCUUGUCUAGAGUUGAGGAUCGAAAAUCUGUGCUGGGGCUUUUCAAUACUGCUCAUGAGAUGACUCAUGGUCACAGUGAUUCUAGUUUUCCAAGGCUGGGACAGUUAAUAAUGGAUUAUGAUCCACCUUUGAAGAAACUGUCUGAAGAAUUCAUUCCUCAUUCUAAACUUUUAUUUCAGGCUUUGAUGUCAUUGCAACAAGUUUUUCCUAGAAGAAAUCUCACAGUUGAAGAUUGGAGGAAAAGCCAAAUGCUUAGUCUCAUUGCUAGCCCUUCUCAGAUGUUAAACCCAGCCCAGACAGAAACAAUGCCAUGCGAAUAUUUAUCUUUGGAUAUAAUGGAAAGAUGGAUCAUAUUUGGAUUUAUUCUUAUUCAUCAGUAUUUAAGCCAGCCUCCAGCUCAAGAGUUAUUCCAAAGUGCAUUACAUGGGGGAUGGGUUCAUACACUUUUCCGAGAUGAAGUCUUGCAGGCCCAUUUGUACAUACAGCAGUUUUUUGAGUCAAUUAAAGG